AUGCAUAUUCUCAUUACCGGCGCUGCUGGUUUUAUCGGCCAAUUGCUUGCAAAGGAGCUACUGAGUGACCCUACCUACCACGUCACAUUGACCGACAUCAAUGAGCCUCCGAUUCCCGCGGGCGUCCGUCACCCUGAAAAUGCAAAGGCAAUCAAGGCCGAUCUUCUCUCGGGAGCAAAGGAUAUCGUCGAUUCAACCCUGGACGCCGUCUACGCCUUCCACGGCAUCAUGUCGUCCGGCUCCGAAGCCAACUUCGAUCUGGGCAUGACUGUCAACAUCGAUGCAACCCGCAACCUGCUCGAGGCCCUCAGACACACCUGUCCCGGUGUGCGAGUUAUUUACUCGUCCAGCCAGGCCGUCUACGGCCAACCCUUGCCCGAGAUCGUGACCGACAGCGUCAUCCCCACCCCGGAGUCCUCGUAUGGAGCCGAGAAGCUCGUAUGCGAGACCCUGGUCAACGAAUACACUCGCCGCAAGUUCAUCAAUGGCUUUACCUUGCGCUUCCCCACUAUAUCUGUCCGCCCCGGUGCACCUACCGCUGCGGCUUCGUCCUUCCUUUCGGGUAUGAUCCGUGAGCCCCUCGACGGCAAGAGUUGUGUGAUUCCUAUUGAGGACCGAGGGUUCAAGUCGUGGCUCUGUUCGCCCAAGACCCUUGUGGAGAAUCUUCUGGUUACUCUCCGUCUACCUGCCGACUCCCUGCCCCCGCACAUUCGUCAGAUCAAUGUGCCUGGGAUCUGCGUGACAGUCCAGGAUAUGAUGAAUGCAUUGGAGGCUGUGGGUGGUGCGGACAAGUUGUCUCUCCUCACAGAGAAGGAAGAUCCUUCCUUGAUUCCUAUUUUGAAGUCGUGGCCGACGCAGUUCGACAACAGUCAGGCCAUCUCCCUGGGCUUUAAACGCGACGAGUCUUUUGAGCAGACUGUGCGGGAUUACAAGCAGUCAUUGACUCAAUGA